AUAUAUGUCAUUUCAGCACUUGGAGGUAAAGGCAAGAGGGUUAGGAAUUGAAGGCCACCCUGGGUUACAUAAGUCCCUGUCUCAAAAACAAAACAAAACAAAAAACAAACCACGGCCACUAUGAGCUCCAGUGGUACAGGGCAGGAGUAAGCUUCUGGACCUACUUACCCUGCCAGGAUCUCAUGGUCUGACACCUUUACACUGGAUAUGCCAUCUCUGGCUUCAUCUAGCGUCUGCACGGGCUCCGGCUUCCGAGAGCGGCAGUCCCAGCAUCGGAUACUGGAAUCGAUAGAACCUGUAAGGCCAACAGGAAGGUGAGGCCAGGUAUGGGUCUCUGGGCAACAGUUUCUUGCUGUCCUCCAGGCCUUAGACUCACCAGACAGGAUGAUUGUGGCCUCUUCGUUAAAUUGAACGGUGUUCACCUUCUGAGAAACGGGAAUUAAUAAUUUAGAGGAGGGGAGUUUUGGAAGAUUGGGAUAAAGGAGAGACUCCUAGUCAAGAGCAAGAGCACAUACUACUGAUAGGGAAGGUGAAAGGUUCUGGAGAAACUGGAAGACAGUGCUUGGUGACUGCCUGGGUGUAAGAGAUGGGCACAGACUGCAAUGGAAGGAUCUUCCUCGACCACCUACGCACUAAUAUGGAUCUCCAUAAUGCACGCGUUAAUGAGAGUCGUCUGGCUUGUACUCACUCCAGCGUGGCCCCGAAAUUUGCGCACGACCUGCCCAGAUGCCACAUCCCACAGCACCACCGUCUUGUCCCCACCACCAGAGCAGAGAUGGCUGUUGUCAAAGGAGCUGGCGGGCAGGAAAGGGAAGGUCGAUAUCAACUCAUGAUCCAAGCCUCUGCGCUCCUUACCCCAGCCUGGCCCCCGGCUCACCCGGCCGCAUCCAGCACUUCGUAGCCGUGGCCACUGUACGUCCGCAGCAGCGUCCCACGCAACGGGUUCCACAGUUUUAGGGUUUUAUCGCUGCCACACGUCAGACAGUAGUUGCCAUCCACUGGGGAACAGCAGGCGGGGGUUACCGGACCUCCGGCCUCAGGAGGCAGGAGGCCCGGGAUGAAAAACGAGGACGCUUACCAUUAAAUCGCACGGCUCGCACCGCGCCCUGGCCGCAGUCCAGCGUCUUCAACCGUUUCUGCGGCAGCUCCGGGGCCCGCGGUUUUGGCUCAGGAAAAGCCAUAUUUCAAAAGCAUUAGUCCGCCACCCGCAUUGCUGGGGUCUGUAUUGAGACUGCCUUGCUUCCAGGCUUUCAAAACCCUUGCACGGGUGUAACCUUAUUAUUGUCCCCCAGGAUUUAUUUCCUGCUUGGCACUUCCGUGUUCAAAUUUUAUCGCGUUAAUGACCGUGUUGGGAAUACUGAAGGUCCCUUUCAGUUUUUUUUCCCACAUUGCCUACUUUCCAGGAGCUAUUCUUUGUUUCUUAUUCUCCAUUCUUUGGCUGAGAGCAAUCCUAGUCCCGGGAGCAAAAGCCUUAGGCUGCUGGUGUUACUCUUAAAAGACACCCUUCAUUCCCACGCCGGAAGCUGCUGUUCUGGCCGUGAAAGAGGUACGGCGUGGUCUUUGGUUCGUUAUGUCCACCAACAAUAUGUCCGACCCACGGAGACCCAACAAAGUGCUGAGGUAUAAGCCUCCGCCGAGCGAGUGCAACCCAGCUUUGGACGACCCGACUCCGGACUACAUGAAUCUUCUCGGCAUGAUCUUCAGCAUGUGCGGCCUCAUGCUUAAGCUGAAGUGGUGUGCUUGGGUUGCCGUCUACUGUUCCUUUAUCAGCUUUGCCAAUUCCCGGAGCUCGGAGGACACUAAGCAGAUGAUGAGUAGCUUCAUGCUCUCAAUCUCUGCCGUGGUGAUGUCCUAUCUGCAGAAUCCUCAGCCCAUGACGCCCCCGUGGUGAUGUCACUAGAAGGCUUGGAUCCUGGACUCCUGCCCACCUUCUCUCUGGCCUAGCCUUUGACUGCUCCAGCCUGCCCUUGGCUGCUGUGUAAACUCGCCUGAGUGUUCUCUCUGGUGUCCCAGCUGAAUGGAGGGAAGAUGCCCUCUCUUUGGGGUCCUGCUUCUGCUUUGACAAAGGGGUAAACCCACAGACUUCCCUUUUAUCUCCCUCCCCUGGCCACUGUUAUGAGAAACACUGUUCAUGUUUCCAAGUAUUCGCUUGUUUUCUUGUUGAAACCAGCUGAUAAAAAAUUUUCCACUCUGGAU